UCUAGGUGAUCUGAUGCAACGCCUCAAUUAAGGAAGCCUUGAGUGCACGUUGGGGUGAGCAGGUGGCGUUGGUGCAGUGUCCAUGUCCUCAGAGGUGAUCAGGGGGACUGCGGAGAUGGUACUAGCAGAGCUCUAUGUCUCUGACCGAGAAGGAAAUGACGCAACAGGGGAUGGAACCAAGGAGAAACCAUUUAAAACAGGCCUAAAGGCUUUGAUGACAGUUGGAAAAGAGCCAUUUCCCACCAUUUAUGUGGAUUCACAAAAGGAAAAUGAGAGGUGGGAUGUGAUUUCUAAGUCACAGAUGAAGAACAUUAAAAAGAUGUGGCACAGAGAACAGAUGAAGACUGAUUCUCGGGAGAAGAAAGAGGCAGAAGAUAACUUACGAAGAGAAAAGAACCUGGAGGAAGCAAAAAAAAUUAUCAUUAAAAAUGACCCGAGCCUGCCCGAGCCAGCAUGUGUAAAGAUUCGUGCAUUAGAAGGAUACAGAGGCCAGAGAGUAAAGGUGUUUGGCUGGGUCCACAGGUUACGCAGGCAAGGAAAGAAUUUGAUGUUUUUGGUGUUGCGAGAUGGUACGGGUUAUCUUCAGUGUGUCUUGUCAGAUGACUUGUGUCAGUGCUACAAUGGAGUAGUCUUGUCCACCGAGAGUAGUGUGGCAGUAUACGGAACACUAAACCUGACUCCAAAGGGCAAACAGGCUCCGGGAGGCCAUGAGCUGAGCUGUGACUUCUGGGAACUGGUGGGGCUGGCCCCAGCUGGAGGGGCUGAUAACCUGAUCAACGAGGAGUCUGAUGUGGACGUUCAGCUCAACAACCGGCACAUGAUGAUCCGGGGAGAGAACAUGUCCAAAAUCCUGAAAGCACGGUCCAUGAUCACCAGGUGCUUUAGGGACCACUUCUUCGACAGGGGGUACUAUGAAGUUACCACUCCGACACUGGUGCAGACGCAGGUGGAAGGUGGGGCCACACUCUUCAAGCUUGACUAUUUCGGAGAAGAAGCAUUUUUGACCCAGUCCUCACAGUUGUACCUGGAGACCUGCCUUCCAGCCCUGGGAGAUGUUUUUUGUAUAGCUCAGUCAUACAGGGCCGAACAGUCCAGAACACGAAGGCACCUGGCUGAGUUCACUCACUUGGAAGCCGAGUGUCCUUUCCUGACCUUCGAGGACCUCCUGAACCGCUUAGAGGACCUAGUGUGUGAUGUGGUGGCCAGAAUCUUGAAGUCUCCAGUGGCAGGCAUAGUGCAUGACCUCAAUCCGAACUUUAAACCCCCCAAACGGCCUUUCCGCCGGAUGAACUAUUCAGAUGCCAUUGAGUGGCUAAAGGAGCACGAUGUAAAGAAAGAAGACGGGACGUUCUAUGAAUUUGGAGACGAUAUUCCCGAAGCGCCCGAGAGACUGAUGACAGACACCAUUAAUGAACCAAUCCUGCUGUGUCGAUUUCCUGUGGCGAUCAAGUCCUUCUAUAUGCAGCGCUGUCCUGAGGAUCCUCGACUUACUGAAUCUGUGGACGUGUUGAUGCCCAAUGUCGGUGAGAUCGUGGGAGGCUCAAUGCGCUCCUGGGACAUUGAGGAGAUUCUAGAAGGCUAUAAAAGGGAAGGGAUAGACCCCGCUCCGUAUUACUGGUAUACAGAUCAGAGAAAAUAUGGUGCAUGUCCUCACGGAGGGUAUGGCUUGGGCUUGGAACGAUUUCUCAGCUGGAUUCUCAACAGGCAUCACAUCCGAGAUGUGUGCUUGUACCCUCGAUUUGUCCAGCGCUGCACACCAUAACCGCAUGGCCCUGAAGCACGAAGGAAAUGAAAAGUGAAGACUGCCUCUACAAAAGAACAAACGCCCAAAUUGUCCCUUGACUUCCUGUUGGGGGUUGUAGCUUUUUCCUGUCUUUAUGUUUUUUCUUCUCAUUAUCUUAAAAAGCAGUAGGUAUUACUUGAAUAUCAAGUGACAUUGAUGCUCCUUUAAUAAAAAUACUCACUACAGAAUUUUAAGGAAAUAUAUGUCAUGCCACUCUCUAGUUAUGGAGAUACUUUAUUGUACUGUAGGUUACAAUCAUUAUAUUAAAUAAACCAUACAUGCUUAUACAGUUUUUAAUUAUGGUCUGACAUUCCAGUAACUCCAUCUUUUUGUCCUUUUAAGUGUCACUGGAAUUCUUUAAUUUAUUAUGUACAUCUGUUACAGCGAGCAUCUAAAAGAGAAACUGGCUAUUUGACAUAAAAGAAACCGGAGUCAAAUACAUAGCCCUUUACAUUCACUGUUAAUCCUUUGUAAAUUCAUACAGUGUUUAUAAUUCCGAGUGGUAUGAGUUGACCGGGAAAAAAGUUAAUGGAGGGCAAUUGGAUUAUAAUUUGCAAUGAACAUGGUUUGGAUGGUGGGUUAUUCAAAUGAUUCCAACCCCCUUAGCCUUUAGUUUAAGAGGGUCCAGGUGGGGCUUCCCUCUUUGGUGUAAUUCCUGAGUAACAAAAAGUAAAUCUGUUUCCAAAGACUUUGCCCCUGGAAUCUUAGCCACCAUAGACAGCUAAGUUAUCCCUGACUCAUCCUUGACUACCUUCUGCGCUGCCUUGCCGACUCAGCAGCUUUACCAGUGGCUGCAGUGCACAGUUGCUCUCCCCCAAAUGCAUGCCAUGUGUUCUGACUAACCAAUAAAUGAGCAGGUGUUAAAACACAAAA